AUGUCUUCGGACUCAUCUUCUCCCCCGGUACUACUCGAGCCUAACGUCGCGGCACUGUACGGUCCCAUCCUUAUCGGGAGCCUUCUCAAUUACCUUCUUCUGGGGACUCUAUUUGUGCAACUGUACAUCUACGUCAAUAGCGGACAGAGACAGAAAGACCCGAUCUGGGCUCGUUCAUUGGUUUCCUGCGUCUUUCUUGUGGAUCUGGCACAAAGCGUCAUUGUGACGCAGCUCACAUGGCAACUCCUCAUACUGAGCUGGGGGAGGACCGAUCUCUUGACUACCAAGAUUCCUUGGAGCGGUGCAGUCGUGACUGGCUUUGACGGACUUCUUGCAUGGAUGAUACAGUCGUUCUACGCAUGGCGCAUCUGGACACUCACUACGACCGGGUGGAUACGCAUACUGCCUGUCCUUAUCGUAGUGUUGUCCAUCGUGCAAUGGGCUGGUUCGUUAGCUGCUACAAUCCUGAUACUCAAGGCCGAUGGGAGUACAGCCUCAUUAACGCAGAUUACGGGUGGUAUCGAUCCAUGGCUUAUAGGAAGCUUUAUAAACGAUAUCAUCAUAGCUGCAUGCAUGAUCACGCUGCUGUACAAAGCCCGUUCUCGUACGGUAUGGGUACAGUCGAAAAGCCUGUAUGACCGGCUCAUAACCAAUACCAUCCAAACCGGCCUCGUCACUGCCCUCGUUGCAGGAGUGGAUCUCUUCCUCUGGAAACAGUACCCCGCGGAGUAUUAUCACAUGACAGCUGCAAUAAUCCUCGGAAAGCUCUACAGUAACGCCUUGUUGUCGACGAUCAAUGGAAGAGUCUUUCGCGACCACGGGAGCGACUCACAACAAUUGGCGUCUACGGGCAUUAACAAUGGUGCUCCUGUAGGAGUGCAGAUACAUAUAGCACAACAACGCGAGAGACGAAUCGACGAGCCGGCGGAGAAUCGUAACUCCAACUUGCGCACCGUUGCGAAGAAGGACCAGCGACUUGUAUCAUGGAAGCCUCGUACAUCGACCGACGAUGAUGCGCACAUCUACGAGUUAUCGACGCUCUCGAAGACUCUCCCAGCGACAAGCUCCAACGACAACGAUGUGGACAUAGUAUGA